ACAAGUGGCAAGCGUCAGCGCGGUUUGUAUCCCAACAACACUAAUAACAAAACAAAUAAAUAUAACAAAGUCAGAAAAUUGAAUCGUCGAAAGGAUAAUUCACAAAACACAAACAAGAUUUCGUAGGACUCUAGGACAAGUGUUUUUAUGCUACUCGGGUAUUCCUUCGUACGGGUGUUUAUACGAAAUCGUUAUCGUUGUUGUCACUGAGCAUUCGGUUGUGAAUGUUCAUUGCGCGAAGACGGUGUUGAAAAAUAGUUGGUAUUUUUGUCAAAUAAAUUGGAAACACUUAAUAUUAUGUUUGCUUAUUGUGAAAGUGUUGUAUACAAACGUUAAAAAGUGUUUUGUUCGAAAUAUAUACAUAUGUGAAAAAAAGUUGAGUGAAAAGUUUUGUGUAGAUAACUUGAAGUUCGGUUUUCUGUAGACAUAAAUUUAUUGAAUUUCAAAUUAGCAUUUCCAUCUUUCUGGGCAAUUUGAAUUUUGUUGUGCUUGAGUGCUUCAAUUUAACAACAAUAUCGUACAAAAUUUUACUUACGGAAGCUUUUAAAUAAAUUAUGUCCAAAGUGUUGACCCAACAAAAUGUCCUGCCUACACAGCAGCCCAAAAAAAAUGAAAAUCAUAAAAAAACCACACCCACUGUACAAAUGCUCAAUAGCAAUUGCAGUAGUUUAAAUGGUUGCACCAGUAUGAGAGGCACAUCCGCCAAUUCCGUGGUUUGUUCCUCGGAGUCUCCAUCAACCUCUUCAUCGCCCAUUACAGUCGAUUGCGACGAUUUUACCAGCAGUUCUAUAUUGGAGUUUCUAGCAAGGGAACAAGAAUGUUGCACUGAGGCAGACACAGAGAGUAUUUUUCAAGAAGUAAGUCGAUUGGCAGAUAAUUCAGACACCCGUAGUGUGGACGAAAUUCUGCGUGAAGCUGAACGUCUAAUGCAACAGCAGUCGAUCUUCGGAUGCACAGAUAGAGCAGCGCAAUGUAAACAACUAAAAGUAAGUGGAGGAAACAAAUCAAAAAGCCAUCAACUGCAUCAACCACAGCCAAAUUUAGCAGUACAUCAACAAAUUCAACAACCCGCAGUUGCAACACAAAAUAUCAAGUUAAAUAGCAAGUAUACAAAACGUAUCGAGAAUGUUAGUCCAAUGCCGAAGCAAAUGCAAACUGUGCCGCAUACAAGACUGACGAACGGUAAUUGUACAUAUAAGGAAAAAAUGAAAUCACAAAAAAACGGAUUGGAAUACAGUGUACUUGCAACGGCGGAUGCUACACUUACAGCUACAAACACGCCACAGACACCAACUGCCGCCACGCCAAAUGGAAACCAACGCUUUGAUGCUUUUGUCGACAAUUUACCAUCGGUGUCUGUCAUCUCUGAAGAGUCUACACCGAAGGAUAUGCAAACCAUGAUGUCCACAGAUGCCGAUGUUACUACAAUGGCGUUGCUAAACGGUGACGACGAUGAUACCGACACGAUGGAGGAAAUUACGGAAGGUAUUGAGAACAUUGAUCUAAUAUUAAAUGAUGAAGGGCAGCCGGUAGAGGUCAACAAUGCGCGCUCAAGUGAGUCGAACGCGUUGGAUGAAGUGUCGGCAAACAACUACUCCAACGAACUCGAAGACGAUCCGAGUGGCGACGCCGACACUUUGAGUGCCGAUGGCAGUUCACUGGAUGCUAAUACCGCUGAGAAUGCCGCCAAUACCGCAACAACAACCACAACAACCUUCUACACGGGGCAUUUGUCCGUGUCAUCAUCAUCAUCCGUUAUGUCGACGUCAUUACAUAUCGCCGCGCAAACGAAAUUAAAACAAAGCGAAGACGGCGGCGUAAACGUGAUCGCACGUCGACCUAGUUUCGAUGCAAUGCUGCAGCAGACACAACAACAACUACAACAGCCAUUAUCCAGCACACAGCAAGCGCACAGCGUCAACUACGCAUCACAAACACAUAUGCAGUUGGUCGGCGGCAGUCCGGCACGUCGCAACCCACUCAACUUCGGCGGCAUGCAACACAGCAGUCCCAGCAUGCUGGAACGACGUAGCUCGGGCGGCUAUUGCGCCGGCGCACAACGCUCUUCGAUGACCACGCCAGACAGCGGCAUCAGUCAAACACAAUCCUCACAAUCAUGCACGCCCGGUCCGUACAGUCCGCAUAGAGUGCUCUCCACACCGUUACCGGCCAAAACGUACUGUGACAAGUCGGUGAACUCGUCACCCAAGCGCAUGGUAUCCGCGCUCACCUCGCCCAUUGAACCCUUUGCGGCGAAUGUGGGACGAGAGCAUGCGCUGAAGCACGAAAUCGAACAAUUGCAGGAGAAACUAAAAGACACCGAAGAGCGUCUCAAAUCGCUGCGCAUACAACACGACUCACUAUCGCAGCUGCAUCGCGAUCUGCGUGAAAGUAACACGAAGCUGCAAGAAGAGUCGGAAAUGCUUAAGUUGGAUGUGCAACAUCUGAACGAAUGUGCCAAUAUAUUGCGUACCGAGCUGCAAACUGCGCGCGCCGAUCGCGAUGAGGCGUUGAAUUUGCAGAAAACGCUGCAGGGUGAAUUGGAGGAGAGUCGGCAGGAUAGAAAGCGUACGCAGGAGCAAAAAGACAAAGAUGCCAAAACCAUACAAGAUCUGCAGCGACAGUGCCGUGAAAUGGAGCGUAUACUGAUGCGCAAGCAUCCGGACUCAGUGUCGGCGUUAAUAGUUGCUUCCAAAAAUUCCGGCAAAUGCGCGAGCAAUGACCAGGAGAAUGUCAACAGCCGCAAACUCUUGGAGCAGCGUAUAGCGCAGUUGGAGUCGGAUGCCAAGGAGCAAGACUUAAAAGCACAACAAAUACUCGCAAAUGUGCAGGCGCGCUUCAACUCAGUACAGUCCAAAUAUGAGACGCACAUAGCCGAUCUGGAAACACAAGUGCUCAGCCUCCAGGAGAUCAAUACGAAACUUAACGAGAAGAUCGAAUCGCAAGUGCGCACACUGGACUACUUUGUCUCCAAGAAGGCUGAGAAUUUCUACAACAAUUGCACGCAAACCGAUGCCAAUGUCGUGGCCGUUGAGCAGGAGGCAGGCUGCAGCGGCGAUAUAACCAAACGCGCCAGUGUAAACACAACUGGCGAAAGAGGCAGCGCCAGCAACACUGCCACCACCACCACCACCACCUACGCCAAUGCCAAUGCCAAUGCCAGUGCCAACAACAGCAGCACCAGCACCACCGGCACACAAACGGUACAAACGAAGCAUACACGCGAUCACAGCACCAACACCAUUGGCACCUCGAGCGCCGUACACUCGGCAAGUUCAAGCACCAGCAGCACCGCCAACUCCACGCCCAACACCUCACGGCCAAACUCAAAACAAAGCGGCAUACGCAAACCGUUCGCCACCGCCAUGGGCACACUUAGCUCGGCGCUGGCAUCGAAACUGCCUGUCUCACAUUCGGAUAUGACAAUUUCCGCACAUCACGCACACGCAGCGGCCAAAGAGGAUGCACACUUGCUGGCCACCAUACGCGGCAUGCGCGUCGAUUUGGCGAUCAAGGACAAGGCCAUGCAACGGCUGACGCGCGAAUUGGAGGAGUGCAAGAAGACAAUAAAGAAAUUGCAACGCGAGAAAGAGGCACAAAAAUCCGACAAGUCACAGUGGAACAGCUACACGUGCUUGAAUAUCGCACGGCGUAGUCACGAGGCACUGCAUCACAACCAAGCGCACAGCGACCAAAUGCCCGCUACCACAGAAAGUCAAACGCUGCGUGAAGCGCAAAACAAACUCAAACUGCUGGAAUCGGAUUAUAAAAUACUACAUGACAAGCGUUUGAACGAUCUGAAGACGCUGCAGAGUGCCCAUGAACGUGAGUUGGCCUCGUGUCAUGAAACGGUGCGCGUACUACAACAACGGCUCAACGAGCGCGACGAAGCUUUUGCCACACAAAAACGCCGCAAAUUGCCAGUUGACUACUAUGCGCUGAAAGCCAAGGUUUCGUCUUUGGAGCGUCGCCACUCGGAGCGUGAGGAACGCCUGCGCAUGCUCGUAGAUGCGUUGAGCAAAGGACGUCUCACUGGUGCUAUUGAGGACUUGCUCGGUGACAACAACAAUCAGCGCAGCACCUAAAAGCGCGUUUAAUAAGCGUCAACAGCAAUAAUGUUGUUGUUGUUGAAUUACCAGUAUUUUGCUGAUUAAAAAAAUCCGGGUCCGUUUCGUUUACGUAGACUCGACUGUCAGCAAUCAUCGUAACCAUCGGCCAAGCUUCUAGCUGCUAUUUAGCACCCUGUCUGCACAUGUUGCGCACAUUGCCAGCGCAAGAAAUAUAAAAAAAUAGAAAUUAAAACAAAAAUGCUCAGUAUUAAGUACCAGUGCCCGCCCAUAGCUGCGCGCUCCCACACAACGCCCACUUUUAAAGUCACUUUUACAACAAGUACAACAACGUUUAGUUUUAGUUGCAAAAUUUUAAAUUCAAUUUCAAUGCUCAUCAAGCCAGCAAGCAAGUCAUAUGCGCGUUGAUGAGCGGUUUUAAAGUCAAUAUACUUUCUAUAUAUAUAUAUGUGUGUUUGCAUGUAUUAAGGAGCGCAGCAAAUGUUUGCCAUCCAUUUCAAUUGUGGUUAUGCAGUAAUUAUUCAACGAUCCAUAUAAG